AUGGCUUCCAGACAUGAGCCCUCCCCAGAUGGCAUAGCAGGUCGUUACUUCAGCACAAUGUUCAAGGACGCACCUACCUUCCAGCAUCAUCUCCUCCAACAUAUCUCGGAAACAAGACAACAUGGAGAUGGUAUUCACACCGACUUGGUGUAUACGGACAUCGCUCCUUCCUGGGCCGAGUCCGCGUACAGCGCACUUGAAGCAAGAAGACUCGUAUGCUUUAAAUCAUACAAUCCAGUAACCCAGUUCCUGAAAUUGCGUGCAAUGGCAACUCCGCUUCACAACGCUGACCAGGAGUGGUUUGCCCGUUCACGAGAAAUAUGGUUGAACACCGGUGUUCUCAAUGUAGCUGAGCGGAAUAUGCUCUUGACCUCAGCAAACACAAGAAUGGAAAAGGCUCCGAAUGUUGGAGUACAACUGAACGGCACCGGGCUACCGAGGGUGGUUUUCGAGUCGGGGUUCUCGCAAAGUGGGGAGAGUCUUCGAGAUGACAUGCUCGAUUGGUUUUUAGGUGGAGGGGGCUCUGUCCAAGCGGUUAUUCUGGUCAACUGGAGACCAUCGCUGGCUACUAUGCAUAUAAGGGGCGAUGUAGAACUGUAUGCCUUAGGGAGGGACGGGAUACCCCGACUCCAAGAGCGCCAGCAAAUUUAUCCAAGGCCCUCAGGACCAGCUGGUAGACAGACACUUCGCCUCACACGGAAGAUGUUCUUUGGGAAUACCAUUGGACCAGGGCGCAGUCCCAAUGAUCCGUUUUUGAUGGAGUUGGACCAGUUGCGAUCUGUGGCAGAUAUGAUAUUUCCCAAUAUGGGCUAUCAAGCGGCAUAG